AUCAUAUGUUUUUAUACCCAAUGUUGUCUUUGAAAUCAAAAUUUAACUUAACUAGUUGCUUACUUGCGUGAUUCGUAUUUUUACAGAAUGGAUGCAUAUAUUUUUGCAUUCCUGAGAAUAUAAUAAAUUAAAUUUAUUAAAAGAUACAUAAAUGUAACUGUAAUAGUUUGUUUAAGAGAUUUUAUUGAUGAAAUGAAAUAUUUUAAAAUUGAAUAGUGGCAAUUUGGAGGGAAACAAUAAGAUCUUUCAAAUCUGUCAAGAUUUUUAAACUAAUGGUAUAAGAGGAGGCUUCUAUAAAUCAGUAACAGGUAUUUUUAUAGUUCAUGUGAUCGAAAUUGCUGUUAAAUUUUAUUUUUAGUUAUUUAGAGUUGUUUUGUUGAAACUGUUUAUUUGUUGAUACAUAUGGCGUUGAGAUAGAACUCAAAGCUUAAAACACAAAUCGAAACGUGAGUUUUACUAUGGCCUUCUCUGUUGCUCUGUAUAAUUACUAAAUAUUCCAUACAUUUUGAAUCAAAAUGGUGAAAAGGAAAGUUCAAGUACUAUUAGAUUCAGACAGUGAUAGUGAUAGCAGCACAUCAGAUUUGGAUAAUGAACUCCUUUCUUUGGCCAAGAAAAAGAGAAAACCAACUCCAAGUACUGGAGAUUCAGAUAGCAAUACUGCAUCUGUAAAGAAAUCGGCUCCUUCAAAACCUGCAUAUACUGAUUCGGACACUUCAUCAGGGUCCGAUGGAGAUUGGGACGCAAAAGGUGCCAAGACCAAGAAGAAAAAGAAAACAAAAACUGCAAAAAAAUCUACUGCCAAAAGUUCCAGCUCUAGCAGUAGUGACAGUGAUAGCGAUAGUGACAGCAGCAAUGCAAAAUCUGAACCUGCUAACAGCCAGGCUAACAAUAAAGAUGGAAGAGGCUCAGAGCCUGAAGAAGGCGAAGUUUCUGAUUCCGGCAGUGGUGGUGGUUCUUCUAGUGAUGGAGAUUCAUCUUCUGAAGAAGAAUUCAAUGAUGGUUACGAUGAAAACCUGAUGGGGGAUGCUGAAGACCAAGCUAGGCUAGCUAAAAUGACUGAAAAGGAAAGGGAACAGGAAAUUUUUAAACGAGUAGAGCAACGAGAAAUCAUGAGAACCAGGUUUGAAAUAGAAAAGAAAUUAAGAUUGGCUAAGAAACAAGAAAUGAAGAAAAAGAAAAAGCAGGGUGGUAGCGGAACUACUAGUGCUGCUGGUAUUGUUGCAGGUGCUAAUUCUAGUGCUGUUUCUGGUAAGAAACCAGAAAAAGAAAAAAUGGAUGUGAAAGAUCGAUCUAAAGAAAGGAAGAAAGCAGUGGAAGAAAAUAGGGGCAAAACAGACAAAAAGGCACAAGCAAUGAAUCUUCUGAAAGCAAGGAGGGAAGAGAGGAAAGAAAGAGAGGAGAAAGAAAAACAGCAGAAGGCGGCUGAAGAAAAGAAACGUGAAGAAGAAGAAGUACCCGGUAAAGAUGGUGAAGACUCAGAUGAGAGUGUUAGUGAAGCAAAAACCAAGUUAAAAGCUAGUGAUAUUUAUAGUGAUGACUCAGGUAGCGACAGUGACGAUGGUAAACCUAGUAAACGUUCCUCAUCACCCAGCAGAAGCUCUUCAGAUUCUGAUUCCGAUGCCAGGUCUGUGGCCAGUUCAAAAGCGAAACAGAAGAAGGUUGAAUACAUUGGGACCAAAGAAGAAUUAAAUAAAAUCAGGUUAUCAAGACACAAAAUGGAAAGGUUUGUUCACCUACCUUUUUUCACAAGAGUUGUGACUGGUUGUUUUGUCAGGAUCGGAAUUGGAAACCAUAAUGGAAAACCUGUAUAUAGGGUAGCUGAAAUUAGUGGAGUGGUGGAAACUGCUAAGAUCUAUCAGCUUGGGAAUACUAGGACCAACAAAGGAUUAAAAUUAAGGCAUGGAAAUCAGGAACGUGUAUUUCGGUUGGAGUUUAUUUCUAACCAGGAGUUUACAGAGCCUGAAUUUUUAAAAUGGAAGGAUACACUAGGUUCAAGUAAUAUUCAGCUCCCAACACUUGACAAUGUGGAGUCGAAAAUGAAGGAUAUCAAAGAAGCUAUGAUAUAUGAAUUCAAAGAAGAAGAUAUUGAGAAGAUUAUCAAUGAAAAAGCAAGAUUCAAAACUAAUCCUUAUAAUUAUGCUAUGAAGAAAACAGAAUUAAUGAAGGAUCGUGAUAUGGCUCAGUCAAAAGGUGAUGAUGAAGAAGUCCGUAGAAUUUCACAGAAACUCGUGGAACUAGAGGAACGAGCGAACGAACUAGAUAAAUUAAGAACAUCUACUAUUUCAAGUAUAUCAUAUAUUAAUAAUAGGAAUAGAAAAAGGAAUGUUGAAGAAGCUGAAAAAGCAAUCAUGGAAGAAGUUAAAGCCAACAAAGGAAAGAAAGCAGAUGACCCAUUCACAAGACGUAGUACCAAACCUCGAAUGACAUUUAGUAAAGAAGAAGAAGACUUACCUCCUCCACCAAUAGUGCCUGAACGUCAUGACAAAAAAUCUCAACGUAAUAGUGAUAAUGAUAAUUCUCAAAAAGAUAAAUCAGGGGUCAAAACAGAUGAUUUAUUUUCUGCUCACGAUUUCGAUAUCAAGAUUGAUCUAGAAGUUCCUUUACAAAAUGCUCCUGUGAGCCUAGCACCCAAAGUAGUGACAAUGAUGAAAGAUACUGGACCUCGUCGAUCUUUGAAUCUUGAAGACUACAAGAAAAAACGAGGACUUAUAUGAACGUGCCUUUUUUUUAUACUAGUGUUUAAAUUACAUUGUAUGUAUGGUGUUCUGAAAAUCACCAUUGUUUUUUAGUUAAAAGUUUUACAGAAAUUGAAAUGCUGUAAAAGAGACUGAAUUCAGCAGUUGAAAAACGUUUUGGUUUUGACUGCAGUGUACAGAUUUUUAAAAAAAGUUAUUUUCAUAGUCAAUGAAAAUUAUUGUAUAGGGUUGAAAUAUAUUUUGUUUUAUUUCUGAAUUAUGUACUAAAUUUAUUUGGAAAGUUAUAAAAUUAAGAACAUGUUAAUAUCGUUGAAUGGCAAUAAUACAAAUGUAUAUUUAUUAUGUCUAUUGGUUAGAUAUCAUUUUAACUAUACCCUAACUUUUAUAGAUCCCAUUUCCUAUUUAAUGUUAAUAUGCAUUAUCCCUCCCUCUCUUCUUAGUUUUUUAAGAAACUCUUUUGUAUCAAUAAUCACUAUUUAUUAUCUUUUUUUUUUUUAGUUUUGUAAAUAUAGAUUACUUAGCCUCUGAGACACUAGAAAAUAAUAUGUCAGACAUAAUUGAGCUGAACAUUUGUAAAUAAAACAUUAUGAUUUAUUGUAUAUAUUAUUUUAGUCAUUUAUAUAUUGUGAUUUAUUUAAAAUUUGGCAGUAUUAUUGAAGUGGCCUGUUUUUAAGUCGCUGAAGUAUACAUAAAACCUAUGUAUAAAUAUAAGGAAGAUGUUUUAAAUACAUUUUUGUUAAAUUUGUGAAUCUGUAAAAAAAAUUUGUUUUCUUCAACCCAUUAAAACUUUUUAUCUUAAUAGUAUGUAUUAGUUUCGGUUUAAUUUAUUAUCCAAUGUUAUAUCCUACUAAUCAUUAUUUUAAUUUAAUUUUUUUUAUCUUGAUUUACUUGGUGAUUUGAACCAGCCUCCGAGAAUCUCUACAAAUUUUGUUUCUUCCAGUCAGAUUAGCACUUUCACAAAAAUACCAGUAGGUAUCAAUACCACAAUGUAUGUAAUAUGCUUGUAAUUGCACAGAUCAGGAAAAAUAAAUCAGAUAAAAUGUACUGCUAUGAGUUAAACAAGAUAGUUAUUGAUUAUAAACCAUAUAAAAAUGUUGGUUCAUAGACAUCAAUUAUCCAGUCAAGGAAUUUAGACUGCCGUUUUGUGACAAAAUACUAGAAGAGACAAAAAACUAAAACAUUUUUUUUCAUACAUAUCUUUGGCAUAUGGAAUUCACCUGUCUCUCAAGUGCCAAGCCCUCUCAGAACAUUCCUCCACUGGUUGG